AAGGACCGACUACAGCUAAACAAGAGGCACAGCAGCAGCAGCAGCAGCAGCAGCAGAGCAGGAGCAGCUGGUAUUCCGGUGAUUAAAUAGUUCUCAUAGCCUUUUUGCUGUACUCGGUCUGCUCCCUGGAGUAAUUCUCGUGUCCAAGAAGGAAGCUGCAUUUUAACGGUGUGCUGAACAGAGGUUUGAAUCAUUCCAACUGGCUGCUUGUUUUGAAAAGGACGAUGUGUGUAUAAAUAAAAAGACUCUGCUGGAAGAGUUCAGAUACUAGAAUUGGAGCUAGAGAUUGCUCUCGGAAUAUUGUUGAGGCAGAUUGUAUGAACUGAAAGCUCCUUCUAAUUAACCUGGAGCCAAGUGCACCUGAAUACUGGAUAUCUCAUUUUCUAACUCGGGAUACACUCAACUUAGAAAAAGAAAAAAUUGAAAUGCUUCUCUAGGUAAUGCUUAGAGGAUUCUGCAGCAAUUCUUGGUAUUGGACAUAUUCAAAAUCUCUUCAACUUUUACUCUCCUGGUCCACUGCCUUUCAGCUUUAACUCAUUUGUUAUCCCGUCAAACAUUUUACAUGAUUUGCAAUGGUUACAUGAACUUUUGGGAAGUGGUAUUUGCACCAUCUCGUACUUCAUUCACUAUGGUACUUUAGAAAAAGAAAUUGGAAAAAGCUUACAAAGCAUUAUUUUUAAAGAUGAAUCUUAUUGUGAAGCUUCGGCGAAGUUUUCGAACACUGAUUGUCCUCUUAGCUACCUUUUGCUUGGUGAGCAUUGUCAUUUCUGCCUAUUUCCUUUACUCUGGCUACAAACAGGAAAUGACACUUAUUGAAACUACUGCAGAAGCAGAAUGUGCUGACAUCAAAAUUCUACCAUAUCGGUCGAUGGAGUUGAAAACAGUCAAGCUUAUUGAUAUAUCCAAAACCGACCCUACUGUCCUCCUCUUUGUGGAGAGCCAAUACUCUCAACUCGGUCAAGAUAUCAUAGCUAUCUUGGAGUCCAGCCGAUUUCAGUACCACAUGGUCAUUGCCCCUGGCAAGGGAGACAUACCUCCUCUUACAGAUAAUGGCAAAGGGAAAUAUACUUUAGUUAUUUAUGAAAAUAUUCUGAAGUAUGUCAGCAUGGACUCAUGGAAUCGAGAGCUUUUAGAAAAAUACUGUGUGGAAUACAGUGUUAGUAUAAUUGGUUUUCAUAAAGCCAAUGAGAACAGCUCACCAAGUACACAGUUAAAAGGCUUUCCAUUAAACCUUUUCAAUAAUCUAGCUCUAAAGGACUGUUUUGUCAACCCUCAGUCUCCUUUGCUGCAUAUUACCAAAGCCCCCAAGGUUGAGAAAGGCCCUCUUCCUGGGGAAGACUGGACUAUUUUCCAAUAUAAUCAUUCAACCUACCAGCCUGUGCUUUUAACUGAAUUACAGACAGAAAAAUCCCCUUCAUCCUUGUCCAGCAAAACACUCUAUGCGACAGUGAUCCAGGAUCUGGGGCUUCACGAUGGAAUUCAGCGAGUUCUUUUUGGCAACAACUUGAACUUUUGGCUGCACAAGCUCAUCUUCAUAGAUGCCAUUUCCUUCUUGUCAGGGAAGAGGCUGACAUUGUCCUUGCACAGGUACAUCCUUGUAGACAUUGAUGAUAUAUUUGUCGGAAAGGAGGGAACGAGGAUGAAUGUCAAAGAUGUGAAGGCAUUACUAGAGACUCAAAAUUUACUGCGCACUCAGGUUGCAAAUUUUACCUUCAACCUUGGAUUUUCAGGGAAGUUUUACCACACAGGGACUGAAGAGGAAGAUGAAGGAGAUGACUGUCUGCUGGGGUCUGUCGAUGAGUUCUGGUGGUUUCCUCACAUGUGGAGCCAUAUGCAGCCCCACCUGUUCCACAAUGAGUCGUCUUUGGUUGAGCAGAUGAUUCUCAACAAGGAAUUUGCCCUGGAACAUGGAAUACCAAUCAACAUGGGUUAUGCUGUGGCCCCUCAUCACUCAGGGGUCUACCCCGUUCAUAUUCAGCUGUAUGCAGCUUGGAAGAAGGUCUGGGGUAUUCAGGUCACCAGCACUGAAGAGUAUCCACAUUUGAAACCUGCACGGUACAGAAGGGGCUUCAUUCACAACAGCAUCAUGGUCCUUCCUCGACAGACCUGUGGGUUGUUCACACACACCAUUUUCUACAAAGAGUAUCCAGGAGGACCCCAAGAAUUGGAUAAAAGCAUCAGAGGAGGUGAACUUUUCCUCACAAUUCUUCUAAACCCAAUCAGCAUUUUCAUGACCCAUUUGUCAAACUAUGGGAAUGACCGCCUUGGAUUAUAUACCUUUGUGAAUUUGGCCAACUUUGUGCAGAGCUGGACCAACCUGAAAUUGCAAACCCUUCCUCCAGUGCAACUGGCCCGCAAGUACUUUGAGCUCUUCCCUGAGCAGAAAGACCCUCUCUGGCAG